UGGGGCAGGAAGGGAGUGUGUGAGUUGUGUGUGUGUGUGCGCGAGCGAGCGAGAGAGAGAGGGAGUGCAGACUGAGAGUACACCGAGCACGGAUCUCCGCCGCACACGGUCCGCCCGCCCGCUCGCGACGGGCUGUUUCUGAUGCAGCGGCACGGCCCGGAGCAGCAGCAGGAGGCUCGCGCGCACCGAGGAGAGGAGGGACACGAGCUGCAGCUGCAGCGGCCGCGGCGGCGGAGGGGGGCGCGUGCACGCGCGUGAGGGGAGCGGAGCGGAGCCAUGCGGGAGUACAAAGUGGUGGUUCUGGGCUCCGGCGGCGUGGGCAAGUCCGCGCUCACCGUGCAGUUCGUGACCGGCUCGUUCAUCGAGAAGUACGACCCCACCAUCGAGGACUUUUACCGCAAGGAGAUCGAGGUGGACUCCUCCCCGUCCGUGCUGGAGAUUCUAGACACGGCGGGCACGGAGCAGUUCGCCUCCAUGCGCGACCUGUACAUCAAGAACGGCCAGGGCUUCAUCCUGGUCUACAGCCUGGUCAACCAGCAGAGCUUCCAGGACAUCAAGCCUAUGCGCGACCAGAUCGUGCGCGUCAAGCGCUACGAGCGCGUGCCCAUGGUGCUAGUGGGCAACAAGGUGGACCUGGAGGGAGAGCGCGAGGUGGCGGCGGGCGAAGGCAAGGCCCUGGCGGACGAGUGGAACUGCCCGUUCAUCGAGACCUCGGCCAAGAACAAGACCAGCGUGGACGAGCUGUUCGCCGAGAUCGUGCGGCAGAUGAACUACGCGGCGGCGCCCGGCGGGGACGAGCAGUGCUGCGCGUGCGCGAUCCUGUGAGGAAAAAAGAGUGGCGGAGACUCGAGCGGGAGCGAGCGAGCGAGCUGUAGUAGCGGGGGGCGCUGCGCUGCACGCCGGGGAGAGAGGGGCGGCGAGGCGCGGCGAGCAGCAGCGGUGGAGGAGGCGGAGAGCAUGAGGAGGAGAAACGGGGACGCGCACCGGCCACAGACUGCGGGGAGUGGAGGACCAAAAACACACAUUCACACACAGAUAAACAUAUACAUACAACAAGGAGCAGCGCGUGACACGGCUGGAGUUAUCUCUCUCUUUCUUUCUCUCUUUUUUCUCUUUCUCUCUGUUAUUCUCUCUCUUUCUCUGGGGGCCUAUACUUAAAAGCUUAAAAAACUUAAAAUCGCGCAGAACAGAGACAAAAACGACGACAACAAUAUACGAAAAUCAGUGUUUACAAUAUGGCAGAAUACUUGAAUGUUGUGGGAUCUUUCUUUUAUUAUUAUUUUUUCUUCCUUUAGACGUGAAAACACUGAAACAGCAGUGGGCACUGGAGUCCGGUUCGUUUUUUUAAGGUUUUACUGUUUUUACUUUUUUAUAAUUUUAAAAGAGAAAGUAGGUGCCUGGCACAAGGGAGACGUUUACUUUUCGAGCUCGCUCAAUUUUUUGCUUGAACAUCUCUUCUGUUCUGGAGUUGUGGAGGGGUGUGUGUGUGUAAAAGGGAGAGAGAGAAGGGGUUGUGAACUGUUGUUGAGCUACGUGUCGAAGCCCCCCCUCCCCUCUUCCCUCUCUCCUUUUUUGCCUUGGCUGCGGAGAGAGAAUUCCUUUAAGGGAGGAGACAGCUGGAGUUCUCUCUCUCUGUCUGUUUCUCUCUGUCUGUCUCUCUCUUUCUGUCUUUCUUUUUCUCAGAUUUUUUUCUCUUGCUUAUCUUUUAUUUGAACUCUCUCUGUCUGCACACUCUCUGGGCUCCGUCUCCAUAUUUUAUUUAAUUUAUUUUUAUUUUGCUUUUUUCCCUGUUUAUUUUAGUUUGAGACUUUUAUUUUGUUUUUUGGUCUCUGGCGGACUUCAGGAGGACCCCCAACCCCCCCUCCACCAUCCCAAUACUGAAGCAGAGCACGUCAUGUGACUCUCUGUCUCUCUUUCUGAGGGUGUAUCAAUGGAUCGUCAUUGUGAUUCUUUCCCAAAGUAUUGCAUUUUAUUAUUAUUAAUAUUAUUAUAAUUAUUAGUUUUUUUUUCUUUAAAAAGGAAGACUUUUGACGACAGAGUUUAAAAUCUUUUUGACGAGAGUUUAAAACCACUUAACGCUGACCGGUGCCAUCGUCUCUUUUUUGUUUGUUUUUGCGCGCGAGGACCUUACUGUAGUGACGCAAGGACGUCGAGGUGACGUACCGUGUGCGUCGAGUGCCUUCCAAAACCAAGCUGUUCAUAUUCUUAGUGCCAACCUGAGGGAAAGGUCUGAGGAGGAAAAAAAACAAGGAGUUUAUGGCAAUCCAUAGGAGAGCGAACACUUAAAGUACUUAACGAACUGAACUGUUACCUUUGGGGGGGAUUAAGAGUAUAACAUAAGAAACCUGUUGUUAAAAGGAAUGGCGGUUUUCUUUACCUCCUCCUGCUCUCAAUUUAGCCUCUUCUUUUUGUUCUUUUUGAAUCCUGAAACUGGUCUACUCUUCCCCUAAAGAAGUCUGGAAAUAAAAAGACAGGUACUGGGACCUCACCUCCCCAUGACUCAACAACACAUCCUCUAGACCAGUGAAAUCAAAAGUCCCCCACUUUGGUUUUGUUUUGCUUUCAUUUUUUUUUUUUUUUACAGAAAUUUGAUGUAACAUUUGAAAUUCUAGUCCGAUUGUACGUUCACUUUCAGACCGGCUUUUUAACAGCCGUUCUGACUGUUUAAAAAAAAAGACUUUUAAUACAGAUUGCAUUUUUAAAAAAACA